GGGGUCGGGGAGGGAGGGAGCGGGCAGUCUCUGGGCGGCGCCAGGACGAAGCCCCGGGGGAGGCCCUGGCCGGUGAGGGCGGCGGAGGCAGCGCCCGCCAUGGACUGAGGGAGACGCGAUGGGCAACAAGGAGUCCCGCAUCGGCUUCCUCACCUACGACGAGGCCCUGCGGAGGGUUACAGAUGUAGAACUGAAGCGGCUGAAAGAUGCCUUCAAGAGGACCUGCGGACUCUCAUAUUACAUGAGCCAGCAGUGCUUCGUUCGUGAAGUGCUUGGGGAUGGAGUUCCUCCAAAAGUUGCCGAGGUCAUAUAUUGCUCUUUCGGUGGCACGUCCAAAGGACUACAUUUCAACAAUCUGAUAGUAGGCUUAGUCCUGCUAACGAGGGGCAGAGAUGAAGAGAAAGCAAAAUACAUUUUCAGCCUGUUUUCAAAUGAAUCCGGGAGCUAUGUCGUCCGUGAAGAGAUGGAAAGGAUGCUUCAUGUGGUCGAUGGGAAAGUCCCGGAAAGCCUCAAGAAAUGCUUCUCGGAGGGUGAAAAGGUAAACUUUGAGAAAUUCAAAACUUGGCUGUGGCAAAAUAAAGAGGCCUUCACGUUUUCCCGCUGGCUGCUCUCAGGGGGAGUGUAUGUCACGCUUACGGAUGAUAGCGACACCCCGACUUUUUAUCAAACCCUUGCUGGAGUCACACACUUGGAAGAAUCCGAUAUCAUUGAUCUUGAAAAACGGUAUUGGCUUCUGAAAGCUCAAUCCAGGACAGGACGUUUUGAUCUGGAAACAUUUGGCCCUUUGGUUUCCCCUCCCAUACAUCCAUCUCUGGGUGAAGGUCUUUUUAAUGCCUUUGAUGAAAAUCGUGACAAUCACAUUGACUUCAAAGAAAUCUCCUGCGGACUCUCAGCCUGCUGCAGGGGACCGCUGGCUGAAAGGCAGAAAUUUUGCUUCAAGGUUUUUGACAUUGACCGAGACGGGGUUUUGUCUCGCGUUGAACUUGAAGACAUGGUGGUUGCCCUUUUGGAAGUCUGGAAAGAUAACCGUACAGAUGACAUUCCUGAGCUGCACAUGAACCUGCCGGACAUAGUAGAAGCUGUUUUGAAGGCACAUGACACUACCAAGCUCGGCCACCUUACGCUGGAAGACUACCAAAUCUGGAGUGUGAAGAGUGCUCUUGCCAACGAAUUUCUGAAUCUCCUUUUCCAGGUGUGCCAUAUAGUCUUAGGUCUAAGGCCUGCCACUCCAGAAGAGGAAGGACAAAUCAUCAGGGGCUGGUUAGAACGAGAAAGUAGAUAUGGCCUUCAGCAAGGACACAACUGGUUUCUUAUUGCGAUGCCUUGGUGGCAGCAGUGGAAAGAAUAUGUCAACUAUGAUGCUAGCCCUGUUGUGAUCGAACCUUCGUCUGUCUUAAGCAGAGGUAAGAACUCACUCCCGGGUGCUGCAGCCCAUGCGCCAGAGCAGGGAGAAGACAAAACAGGCCGUUUAAAUUACUUCAGUGCCACAGAAGAGAAGUUUUCAGAUGGCAUUUCUACCGCAUCAGAAGCCUCAGAGACUGCUAGCAAUUUCCUUUACACCCUGCCUCCUAGUGCCGAGAUAUGCUUUCCCCGCCAGUUUAACUCUUCGGACAACAACAAUCAGUGCCUGCUUGGAUCCAAUGGGAACAUUUUGCUGCAGCUCAAUCCACAGCGGCCUGGAGCGAUUGAUAACCAGCCCCUUGUAACGCAAGACCCAACAAAGGCUCCAUCGUUGACUCUGGAAGGCGGUCGUUUAAAGCAGUCUCCUCAGUUAAUUCAAGGGAAGAGUUAUGAAAUGGUCCCAGAACCAGUAUGGAGGGCUCUUUACCAUUGGUACGGCGCAAACCUGUCUUUGCCGAGACCAGUGAUCAGAAACAACAACACCAACCUGCCUGAGUUGGAACUCUUCCCGCGCUACCUGCUCUUCCUGAGGCAGCAGCCCGCCACCCGGACGCAGCAGUCCAACAUCUGGGUGAACAUGGGGAAUGUCCCAUCUCCCAGCGCUCCCUUAAAGAGGGUCCGCUACACCGGCUGCUUUAGCCGCAUGCAGACGAUUAAGGAGAUCCACGAGUAUCUGUCACAGAGGCUACAUAAAGAGGAGGACAUGCGCUUGUGGCUCUACAACAGCGAGAACUACCUUACUCUUCUGGAUGAUGAGGACCACACAUUGGAAUACCUGAGCAUCCAGGAUGAACAGCACUUGAUAAUAGAAGUUCGAAACAAAGACAUGAGCUGGCCAGAGGAGAUGUCCUUUAUAGCAAACAGCAGUAAAAUAGACAGGCAUAAGGUUCCAACAGAAAAGGGGGCAACUGGCUUGAGCAACCUGGGGAACACCUGCUUCAUGAACUCCAGCAUCCAGUGUGUCAGCAACACACAGCCUCUCACCCAGUAUUUCAUCUCUGGCAGACAUCUCUACGAGCUCAACAGGACAAAUCCAAUAGGAAUGAAGGGCCAUAUGGCCAAAUGCUACGGGGACUUGAUUCAAGAGCUGUGGAGCGGGACACAAAAGAACAUUGCUCCUUUAAAGUUACGGUGGACGAUAGCUAAAUACGCUCCCAGAUUUAAUGGCUUCCAACAGCAAGACUCUCAGGAGCUCUUGGCUUUUCUUCUGGAUGGUCUCCAUGAGGAUCUGAACCGAGUGCAUGAUAAGCCGUACGUCGAACUGAAAGACAGUGAUGGCCGGCCGGAUUGGGAGGUGGCAGCGGAGGCCUGGGAGAACCACCUGAGGAGGAACCGCUCGAUAGUGGUGGACUUGUUCCAUGGGCAGCUGAGGUCCCAAGUGAAAUGCAAGACCUGUGGGCACAUCAGCGUCCGCUUUGACCCUUUCAAUUUUUUAUCUUUGCCCCUCCCGAUGGAUAGCUACAUGCAUGUUGAAAUCAUAGUAACUAAGCUAGAUGGGACAACUCCCAUUCGAUAUGGACUGAGGCUGAAUAUGGACGAGAAAUACACUGGUCUGAAAAAGCACCUCAGCGAACUUUGUGCCAUGAAGCCGGAGCAGAUCCUCCUUGCGGAAGUGCACAGCUCCAACAUAAAGAACUUUCCUCAAGACAACCAGAAAGUCCGUCUCUCGGCAAGCGCAUCCCUGUGUGCAUUCGAGGUACCAAUCCCUGGAUCCCCCACAUCAGCUACUCCAAGCCCUGUGCAAACAGAGUUCUGCAGCGUGCCAUCAGCCAACGGGAUGAUCAACGUGCUGAUGAAUGGCGAUCUUCCCCGGCCAACCCUGAUCCCGAAUGGAAUGCCAAACACAGUGGUGCCAUGCAGGAUGGAAAACGGCUUCUCCAAUGGGAUGGUGAACGGCCAUGUGACCUCUCCCUCCGACAGUCCCUUCAUAGGCUACAUCAUUGCUGUCCACAGGAAAAUGAUGAGGAUGGACAAGUACUUCCUUUCAUCUCAGAAGAACCGGCCGAGCCUCUUUGGAAUGCCACUGAUAGUUCCGUGCACCGUUCAUACGCGGAAGAAAGACUUGUAUGAUGCGGUCUGGAUCCAGGUGUCCCGGCUGGCAAGUCCCCUCCCUCCCCAAGAAGCCAGUAACCACGCACAGGACUGUGAUGACAGCAUGGGAUACCAAUACCCUUUCACCCUACGAGUGGUCCAGAAGGAUGGCAAUUCAUGUGCUUGGUGCCCCUGGUACAGGUUUUGCCAUGGCUGUAAAAUCGACUGCACUGAAGAGAGAGCUCACAUGGGGAAUGCCAACAUUGCUGUUGACUGGGAUCCCACAGCACUUCAUCUCCGCUACCAGACAUCACAGGAACGGAUGGCCGAGGAGCACAGGAGUGUGGAGCAAAGCCGGCGCGCUCAGGCUGAGCCGAUCAACCUGGACAGUUGCCUCCGGGCCUUCACCAGCGAGGAGGAACUAGGCGAAGACGAGAUGUACUACUGUUCCAAGUGCAAAACUCACUGCUUGGCCACCAAGAAGCUGGACCUGUGGAGGCUUCCCCCUAUCCUGAUAAUCCACCUGAAGCGCUUCCAGUUUGUCAAUGGCCGCUGGAUAAAAUCCCAAAAGAUCGUCAAGUUUCCCCGAGAGAGCUUCAACCCGAGUGCCUUCCUGGUGCCAAGAGAUCCAAGCUGCUGGCUGCAGAAGCCGCUGACUCCCCAGGUUGACGAUCCCUCUGAGACCCGGAUUCCGCAGGACGAGUGUCUGAGGAUGGAGGUGCAGAGCGUCCCAGUGGCCGGGGAGGGCGAUGUGCUGACCAGGAGCCCCUCUUCGCUCAACACUUCUGGCGUCUUAAAUAAUGUCAAAGCGUCUCCAUCUCCCGGGCGGAAGUGUGCAGCUGGCUGUCCGUCGAGUAAAAACGUUAGUCCAACUGGUAGCCCCAGGACUUUGGGAAGAAGCAAGGGGCGGCUCCGGCUCCCCCAGCUGUGUAAAAACAAACUGUCCAGCAGCAAAGAGAACUUGGACAUGACCCGAGAGAACGGUACGGACCCGGACCCUAAGGUCACCCCCGACCAAGGAGACAGCUGCAGCCGGGGGCAUGCUUUGGGAGGUAGCCAGGGCGAGCUCUUUGCCGCUCAAGACAGCAGCGAGGUGACUUUAGCCAAUGGAUACCUGUGCAAGCAAAACUCCCACAGCAACGGCAGCAUCAACGGGGAGGAGGAGAUGGUGGUCGACCAAACAGGAGAGAUCUGCGUUAACCCCAUCUACAGUCUAUAUGCAAUUUCGUGCCAUUCAGGAAUUAUGGGAGGAGGUCAUUAUGUCACUUAUGCCAAAAACCCCAACAGCAAGUGGUACUGUUACAACGACAGCAGCUGUAAGGAAUUGCAUCCUGACGAAAUCGACACGGACUCCGCCUACAUCCUUUUCUACGAGCAGCAAGGAGUGGACUAUGCACAAUUUCUGCCAAAGAUAGACGGCAAGAACAUGGCAGACACAAGCAGCAUGGACGAAGACUUUGAGUCCGACUACCGGAAGUACUGCGUGCUGCAGUGA